AUGAGUUUGAGAACGCCGAAGAGAAGCAGGACUAGCGAUGAACAAGAACAAGAACAAGAACAAGAGCAGGUACAGAACCCAGAUACACAUGUAAACAACGAGCAUCAGCAGCGACCUGGGCCAACCACUCUAUUGAGCACGCCAGUACGUCUCAAAAAUGGCUUUGGAACACCAUCGCCGCCGUCACCACCAGGCAUAACGAAAAGCAUCACUAAAUCGAGAAGAAGGCCGUCGACAACGAGUCUUCAGGGUAUAUUCAUGUCGCCCGUCAAUAAGCGUCGUGUCGGCAUAACCGCACAUGGACGUGUAUAUGACCAUAACGACGACGGACACGAAAGUGAGAGUGAGGACGACGAAAAUGAAGAAGAAAAUGAAAAUCAAAAGAAGUACGACGGACACGUUAGUAUGCCUUUGUUGCCACCGACAACGCCCAAGUCAAGACGGUCGGAGGUGUUUCUGUCGCCGUCGCCGCGUUUGAGGUCACCUCCGACGGCUGCGCGUCGGUCUACGGGCGAGCGGCCCAUCCGCGAAAUAUCACAUACUUUGCGCACCAGGCUCAAUUACGCGUUAGUCAAGCUGCAAAAUGGAUGGACGGACAAGACACUUCCCGAGCUGGAGACGGAGCUUGCUCCAGCAGUGCAGACGCCGCCACGUCGCUAUCACAACAGAUUUCCAGAUAGUGCAGACGCGGGUACUUCCGCGCAUACAGCGUUUCUUCAGGCGCUCGGAGGCCACCCACCACGGGAGGAGGCCACGGCUGUCGAAACACUGAUGCUAUUGUCGUCGCCUACCAAGAAGCAACAACACCGACCCGUGCCGGCGACAUCUGCUGGAGAACCCACGGACGAAACGGAGCCCGAGUCGGAUACCGAAGUGGAGACGUCUUAA